UCACUGCAACAUUCUCUAACAAUGAGGCUCUCAAUCAUGGAAACUUUGAGUUAAAAAUCCUCUUUUUCAGUAAACCCAAUUGCCAUUUUCAAGUUUCCAACUAUCCCCUUGAUCCUCCUUUCCAUUUUCUUCAUUCAUCCUCUUGGUUUUUCCUUUCACUUUAACAAUGGCGGAAAUGGGUAACAAGGUGAAGCUCAAUUCCGGUUGGCUUGCGGCGAGGUCGACGGAGGUCGAGCUCACUGGUACUCAGCUUACUACCACUCACCCUCCCUCGAUCACCCCUUCUUCGCCUUGGAUGGAGGCCGCAGUACCUGGAACUGUAUUGGGGACAUUGGUAAAGAACAAAGUUGUUCCUGAUCCGUUUUAUGGUUUAGCGAAUGAAACGAUAAUUGAUAUCGCUGAUUCUGGAAGAGAGUAUUAUACUUUUUGGUUCUUCACAACUUUUCAAUGUAAGCUGUCCGAAUCUCAGCACUUGGACCUGAAUUUCCGUGCUAUAAAUUACUCUGCUGAAGUGUACAUAAAUGGUCACAAAAAGGUCCUGCCAAAAGGGAUGUUUAGACGACAUUCUCUUGAUGUCUCUGAAGUUUUGCAUCCUGAUGGCACAAAUUUACUAGCAGUUCUUGUUCACCCUCCGGAUCAUCCUGGCAGAAUUCCAGACAAGGGAGGUCAGGGUGGUGAUCAUGAGAUUGGAAAAGAUGUCGCCGCACAAUAUGUAGAGGGAUGGGAUUGGAUGACUCCUAUAAGGGAUCGAAACACUGGCAUAUGGGAUGAAGUAUCAAUUUCUAGGACUGGGCCAGUGAAGAUUAUUGAUCCUCAUUUGGUAUCAACAUUUUUUGACGAUUAUAAGAGAGUUUACUUGCAUGCUACUAUAGAGAUUCAAAACAGAAGCUCUUGGGUUGCCGACUGUUCUGUGAAAAUUCAAGUGACCACCGAACUAGAAGGCAAUAUUUGCUUGGUUGAGCAUCUUCAGGCUCAGAAGGUGUCUGUUCCUGCUGGAUCAACCAUACAGUACACUUAUCCUCAGCUCUAUUUCUACAAGCCCAAUCUGUGGUGGCCAAAUGGAAUGGGAAAGCAAUACUUAUAUAACGUUGUUAUAUCGAUUGACGUAGAUGGAUUUGGAGAGUCUGAUUCCUGGAGUCAUGAUUUUGGUUUUCGUAAAAUAGAAAGUCAUAUUGAUCCUACAACUGGUGGAAGGCUGUUCAAGGUCAAUGGGCAGCCUAUAUUUAUUCGUGGUGGCAAUUGGAUAUUAUCUGAUGGGUUGCUUCGACUUUCAGAAAAACGUUAUCAUACGGACAUUAAGUUUCAUGCAGAUAUGAAUUUUAACAUGAUUCGUUGUUGGGGUGGUGGUUUGGCAGAGAGGCCAGAAUUUUAUCAUUAUUGUGACAUCUAUGGCUUGUUGGUAUGGCAAGAAUUUUGGAUCACUGGAGAUGUUGAUGGACGUGGUGAUCCGAAAUCAAAUCCUGAUGGUCCUCUGGAUCAUGAUCUUUUCUUGCUUUGUGCAAGAGACACAGUUAAGCUUUUGAGGAACCACCCCAGUCUUGCUCUUUGGGUUGGUGGAAAUGAACAAGUUCCACCACUGGAUAUCAACGCUGCUUUACAAGACGACUUGAAACUUCAUCCCCAUUUUCAAGUAUCAAGCAAAAAUAACCAGUGGAUGAGUGUUUCAUCAUUAACACCGGAAGAUCCGAGCGAAUAUCUAGAUGGUACUCGCAUUUACGUACAAGGAUCCAUGUGGGAUGGGUUUGCAGAUGGGAAAGGAAACUUCACUGAUGGUCCUUAUGAGAUCCAGUACCCUGAAAACUUUUUUAAGGAUGAUUUUUACAAGUAUGGAUUCAAUCCCGAGGUUGGUUCUGUAGGCAUGCCUGUUGCCGCUACCAUCCGAGCCACAAUGCCUCCUGAAGGAUGGCAAAUUCCAUUGGUUAACAAACUACCCUCUGGAUAUGUAGAAGAAGUACCAAACCCCAUUUGGGAUUACCAUAAAUACAUCCCCUAUUCUAAACCAGGUCAUGUUCAGAGUCAGAUUGAACUUUACGGUUCUCCAAAAGAUCUUGACGACUUUUGUUUGAAGGCUCAGCUUGCUAAUUACAUCCAAUAUCGAGCUCUAAUCGAAGGCUGGAACAGCCGAAUGUGGAAGAAGUACACUGGUUUCCUGAUCUGGAAAACACAAAAUCCUUGGACAGGUCUAAGAGGUCAGUUUUAUGACCAUCUCCUCGACCAAACAGCAGGCUUCUUUGGAUGUCGUUGUGCUGCGGAACCUAUCCAUGUCCAGCUGAAUCUAAGCACAUACCGCAUUGAGGUCGUAAACACUACGUCGAAUGAGAUAUCUGGUGUUGCCAUUGAAGCCUCCGUGUGGGACCUUGAAGGGAUGUGCCCGUAUUUUAAAGUUUUUGAGAAACUCUCCUUGCCUCCGAAGCAGACGUUGUCCAUUGCUGAGAUGGAGUAUCCGACAUACGAAAAUUCCAAGCCUGUCUACUUUCUUCUUCUCAAGCUAUACGAGGUCUCAAACGACGGUAUCAUCUCGAGAAACUUCUACUGGUUGCAUCAAUCCGGUGGAGAUUACAAGAAGUUGGAGCCUUACAGAAAGAUUAACGUACCCAUUCAGGUUACAUCUAAGGUUAAUGUAAAAGGAUCCAGCUAUGAAGUCAGAAUGAAUGUUCAGAACAAUUCAAAGAAUGCAGAAUCUUCAAGUUUAACCUACAAGAACAACUUUAUAAACAGCCAAGGCCAAGGAGAUUUAGAUUCAAAUUCUUUGCUUCUUGAAAACAAAGAACAAACCAAUGAAAAAUGCAGCACUAGUUUCUUUUCCAAGAUCUGGAGACGUAGAAGUAUCGAAAACAACGGUUCAAGGUUAGUUGAAACCAACGGGAAUGAUGUUGGAGUCGCAUUCUUUCUUCACCUUGAGGUCCAUGAUUCCAAGGCAGAGGAGAAUGAAGAAGGGGAUACAAGAAUUCUGCCUGUUCGCUACUCAGAUAACUAUUUUUCCCUAGUUCCUGGUGAGGCUAUGUCCAUCAAUCUCUCUUUUGAGGCCCCUCUUGGUGUCACUCCAAAAAUUACCCUUCAUGGUUGGAAUCUUUCUCAAUCUUUAUCUGUCUGUUGAUAUAUAGGUAACUCUUGGAUUCCCUGUAUAUCUUGUGUAUUAUUACGAGAUUGGUAUCUAUGGUUUUAAAAGUCCGAAUUUUGUCAUUGGAAGGACUACUUACGAGGGUUCUAUCAAACCACGAGAACUAAAUUCUAAGUAUAAACCAUAUAACAAAAUUGGAACUUAAUAAUAUUUGGUUCAAUCAUUCAUGGGUUAA